CCAUCCCGCAUUGAAGCGACAGCCACUUGAGAUGAAGACUGUGGAGGAGUGAGGCGGGAGUUUCAAUGAGGUUAGAGCGUUUCCCGUCACCGACAGACAGAGGAGAAAAAAAGGAAAAUCUGCCAUAUACUGUAACAUUUAAAUGGAUGUGAAAGAGGAGACGUGUGACGCCGACAUGAAUAUCAUGGAGGAGAGGACCGUAAAUGUUAAGGAGGAGUACUGUGAACGGGAGAGCGUCCAACCUAAACAGGAGAGUCUGGGCAUUAAAGAAGAGGUGCGUGAACUGGGGUCAGUGAGUAUUAAAGAGGAGGAUGAAGAGAAGUGUGUCAGCACUGAGAUACACAACUAUAGGAGUAUGGAGAGCAUCAAGAAAGAUGACCAUAAUUACGAACAUCAAGAUGGAGCAGUUACUGGGUUAGUCUCUUCACGUAGCAGACACUCUUCAUCUCCGGAGUCUUCUAUCAAUUUAAAACAUGAAUCACUACAGUCUGACACACAGGGGACUGAAGGAAUUUCAUAUCCUAAAACACAGGAGGGUCAGCCAUCACCUAAGACGUCAUCUAAAACAAUUUCUUCAGAAGCCAUGUUGUUCCGAGUUAUCAUUGCCCCUGAUGACAUUAGAAGAGUUUCACCUGAAAGCCGUCCAGACACAGUAGAUGAGCUGGUCGCCAUAUUGUGCAAAGAACUAGGUGUUUUGGUCCUGCAAUUUGAAGACCCAGCUUUCCAAAAUGAACUUUGUAACUUAACCAACAUAUCUGACCUGCCUGAAGGGAGGGCAACGCUGAAGAUAAUACAGAAGACCACUCCUCUGUCUUCAGUUGACUGCCAGCUCUCUGACUCGUCUUUAGACACUGCCAGCUUAGACACCUCUUAAGAAGACUCACCUUGCAUUCAUCUUCGAGAGUGGCCAGAUCCAUUUGUCAUUCCAACUUGCUCCUCUGACGUUGAACUUAAACUCAAGCAAGGGAAUGAAUCUUAUUUAAAUAAUGGCUCCCUCUUAAAUGUAUUGUUGACACUUUGUCUAUGGUGUCAUUUCUUGUGACUGAAGACAGAGAGAUAUAAUUAAAGUUAAUAAAAAUCUUUUAUUGAUACA